UGACCAGACUGCCGUGGUCUUUCUUCUCUAGUUUACCUAGUAGGGACUUUAAUUCACUGGCACGAGAAUAUGCGGGCAUGUAUAAAUUACCUUUUAAAUACUCACAGUUUCAGGAUAGGAUAUUUAUACAGUUUAACUAAGAGCAGAAACUAAAGUAUGUCAGGACGAUUACCGUUGGUUGGUUCCGAAGCAGAGAUAAAGGCGGUGCCUAUAUUGGAUAUGCAGGAAGAUGGACAAGGGUUUGAACGGAUAUUUGACGUUUUUGAAGAAAUUUUUGAUAAUGUUCGAGAUUUUCCUGUCGCGAUAAUUAGCAUAGCUGGACCGUUUCGGAAAGGAAAGUCAUUUCUAUUGAACCUACUCGCACAUUACUUGCUGGAGAACCAGUCACCAACCUGGUUCAAAAAUGGCGACACCCAACCUGAAAAGGUUUUUGAGUGGAAAGGAGGCACUGAAAGAAACACGGUUGGAAUUCACAUCUCAAACAAACCUUUUAUGUUGGAAACAAGCGACAAUAAGAAAGUGGCGGUAUUUUUGAUGGAUACUCAAGGAAUGUUCGAUUUGAAAACAACAGCCAAAGAUUGUUCGACGAUAUUUGCUUUGAGUACUUUACUAAGUUCUGUACAAAUCUAUAACUUGACAGGUCAUAUUCAGGAGAAUGAUCUUCAACAUUUUGAGGUUUUCACGAAAUACGCCAAGUAUGCUGCGGAAGAGAAGCAACACGUUAAUGCAUCAACUACACCGUUUCAGAGUCUAAUAUUGCUCAUCAGAAACUGGGAAAAUGCAGAUUUUGAAAGCAGUUUUAAGGGUGGUGCAAAAUACCUUGAA